AUGGCCGCUACCGUGGGAGAAGAGCUGCCGACGGUCAGCGGUCGUUUGACGACUGUGUUUGUUCGAAAUCUGCCCAAGUCUGCGGUUGGUGAGCAACUGGCGAAGAUUUACAGUGAGCUGGGCCCGAUCAAACACUGCUUUGUGGUGAAUGAGAAAGGGAGUCAGACUUGUCGUGGUUUUGGGUAUGUGACCUUCUCACUUCCGGCAGAUGCGCAGAAAGCUUUGAAAGAAGUGAAAUUCUAUGAUGGCCAGAAACUCUCUGCUUCUCUUGCCAAGAAGAAGCUUUUGGGAAAGAAAGCUGCCCCCAAGGAAGCUUCUAAAGCCAAUACAAAACAACAAACACAGAAGAAAUUGCAGAAGAAAGCAAGACUGAUAGUUCGAAACCUGAGUUUUAUGUGUUCAGAAGAUGACCUGAAGACACUUUUCUCGCAAUAUGGGACUGUACUGGAGGUUCACAUCCCUCGGAAAGAAGAUGGGAAAAUGCGAGGAUUUGCAUUUGUUCAACUGAAGAACCUUCUGGAAGCUGGGAAAGCCUUGAAGGGAAUGAACCUGAAGGAAAUUAAGGGUCGUCCUGUAGCAGUGGAUUGGGCAGUGGCCAAGGACAAGUACAAUGCAGCAGUGAAUCUCGAGAGUACAGGAGCUGAGGAUAAGGAUGUUCUUCAGGCUGCAGAUAAAAACAACAAAAGUCAGGAAGAAGCAGAUAGUAAGGACCAUGUGGCCGAAGCAGAAAAAGAACCUGCGAAGGAAUUGAAUGUAAUGCUGCAGCGGAAUGUCGUGUCCAAAAAGAGAUCAACUACGAAGGAGGAGGAGGAGGUUGUGAUUGAAGCUUCAGAAGAUGAAGCUGAUGAUGAUGUGUCAGAUGAAGAAGUGUCAAACGAUGAAGUAUCAGAGGAUGAUGAGCAGGAUGAAAAGCCUACGAAACAAACGUUGAGAAAGCCCAGUCUCCCAGUGGAUGUUCAUGAAGGACGGACAGUCUUCAUCAGGAACUUGUCCUUUGAUACUGAGGAAGAACCUUUGGGGGAGAUGUUGGAACAGUUUGGAGACCUGAAAUACGUUUGUGUAGUCAGGCACCAUGACACAGAACACUCCAAGGGUUGUGCCUUUGCCCAGUUUAUGACAAAAGAGUCAGCGCAGAAGUGUAUGGAGGCAGCAGAGAGCCGGUGUGAGAAUGGAGGACUCCAGCUGGAUGGGAGGAAACUGAUUGUGACCUUGGCAGUUAGUCGUGAAGAGGCCAAGAAAUUCUCCCAGAAGUCAUUGAGAAAACCACCUGGAACACGGAACCUGUACCUGGCUCGAGAGGGCUUGAUUCGAGCUGGGAUGAAAUCGGCAGAGGGCAUGAGUGCCACAGACGUCACUAAGAGAACACGAUUUGAGGAGCUGAAGCGUCAAAAGCUGAAGGAUAUGAAUAUCUUUGUCUCAAAAACAAGGCUGUGUGUACACAACAUUCCAAAAUCAUUGACUGACCAGCAGCUCCGAAAGCUCUGUUUAGAGGCUGCAGGCACAAAGGAUGCACGCUUAAAGGAGUGUCGGAUCAUGCGGGACUUGCAGAAGGCAAAGGCAGAAAGAAGUGGGUGCUCUCUGGGCUACGGCUUUGUAGAGUUCACAGAGCAUAGUCACUCCUUGACAGCCCUGCGCUGUCUGAAUAAUAACCCAGACAUUUUUGGGCCAGAGAAGAGGCCAAUCGUGGAAUUCUCAUUGGAAGAUCGGCGGAAACUGAAAAUCAAAGAGAUGCGCAAGCAGCGCAGUCUGCAGAAGCAGCAGCAGCAUAAAGUGGGAGCAAGUAAACCUGUGCAGACUGGGAAAUGCAGUACACAUUCAAGCACCCAAGAGCAAACCACCCUGCAAACUAUUCCAAAGAGUGACAAAUCGUGGUCUGGAUUUUGUACCACACCUGAAGUUGAGGAGGUGGAGCUGCCCAAUGGCAAGAAACGAAAGAAGGUGCUCCCUCUGCCUUCUCACCAAGGCCCUAAAAUUCGAAAGCGGGAUAAAGGGAAACAGCAGCAACCACAAGCCAAGAAGGUGAAAACGCAACCAAGCCGGGCUGAGAGAAAGAAGAUUUCAGUCAUGAUGAAGCAGUCCCUUUCCAAAAAGCAGGGUGCAGAGACUAACAAACGGAACAAGGAAGAGAAGAGAUUUAGCUCCUUGGUCGAGCAGUACAAGAAGAAACUCCUGGGGUCAGUCACAGCCUCCUGCCCCAUGAAGAAAAGCAAAUGGUUUCAGGAUUAGAGUGGGAUUAAGGAUUCUGCAUCCCACCUCAGACAGACCGCAGGACUGGCGUGGGCCCCACCUCAGACUGACCGCAGGAUUGGCGUGGGCCCCACUUCAGACUGACCACAGGACCAGCGUGGGCCCCACCUCAGACUGAUCGCAUGACUGGCCUGGAUCCCACCUCAGACUGCAGGAUCAGUCUUAACUGUCAUGAGUAGUGCAUUGUAGACCCUGCGCAUCUUGUAUUGCCCAGUGUGGUAUUCUAUGGAUGUCAUGACGUGACCUGCAUUAUGGUGUUUGGCAUUCUUAUUGUUUUCAGGAAGAAUACAGUUCAGUGUGAGGAAGGGCUGCUGCUGUUUGAGGGGGUUUACCGGACACUGCAACUCGACGUGGUGGUGGAAGAGUGUGUCUAGAAUGGUGAUGGCCUGUAUGUGAGAGUGGGUGUGUUUAUGGACAGUGCAUAUGUUUGCAGUUGUAGGUGUUUGUGUGUUUUGUAUUGUUGUGUUUGCUGGUGAUUUCUGCUGUCAAUCCUUUGAGAGGGUCAGAGAGCAACUACCCUACAUGUUGAGUUGGAAGUUCCUUAGAAUUUAAAGUUGCUGUGCAGCCAAAACCAACCCUUCAAAAUGUUUUGUUCAUUUUAAGUUUAAUAUGUGAAUGUGGGAAAGGAAUACUUGUAAAUAUAUAAAAGUUUUCAUCUGGUUUAAUCACAGACCCAUUAUAGCAGUGAUAUGUCAUUUCUAGCUCUAGCUUUCAUUGUUAUCUUCUUGAGCGGCUUAGAUGCACAUUGUCAAAUCCCUGAGCCUGAUGUGAAGUUUAAAUUCACCUUUGUCUUUCACUCUUGUAUGUUCAUAUUUGUGAAAUCUGUGUUCUGAUUUAAAUUUCUCAAACAUUAAGUGCUGGGGGUAAAAGAAGAGCUACUCAAGUUAACUUCACUAUGAAGGCGACCAUCAAAUUGCACUUAACUUCAUUUCAACUGAAAGUGGGUUAUUUUGUGUCUUAUCUACAGAUGCUAUGCAUCUAUCUGUAUAUCAUCGAAACUGUAGUCUGUCCAAUGGAGUGUAUGGGUAGAUUUGUAAACAGUGAAUGCAUUCUUCCCUAAAAUAUUGUUACCGUUGGGAGUACAAGGGCUGCAUUUGCACUACACUUGUCCAGUCACUGAGUGCUGGCUUAAAUCUCCUACAACUCCUGGUUUGAAUUUGUCGGUCACCAGAACGGAGCAGGGUGAGACCCUCUGGAGAUAGUUUGGGCCUUGAUUCCAGAUUUACGUUUCACCAGCUCAGUUCUUUACAAACUUCAUAUUGCAUCAUUCCAGCACCAAUUUCCUGCCUAAAUGCAGAGUCUCAUUCUUUGCAAAAUAUUUGUGUCUUGGUCAGUCAGCCUUUGUUUUAAUCCAGAGAUUGUUACUCUCAAAUAAAAUAAGAAAAAGUUCCUUUCUCCUUUUACCUCCAUCAAGCUCAGCACACACUCUGCUCACUUAUGUCCCCAGUUAUUACAAUAUCUUCCUGCCAAUCUACUGUCCCAAUUCCCCACCCUCCCAACUGACAUCCCAACCUUUGCAUUUUCCCUCUUUGACAUAUCUUGCCUGGUUACACCUACGUGAUUUUUUUUUCUUGAGAGUUGAUAUUCAAAAGCAUUUACUGUAAUAGGUGAAUUUUUAAACCAUGUCCCAAUUUGUAACUUGAAAAGGUUCUUGUUAUUGUAAAGCUUGAUGCUGGUUAUGUCUCUGGACUACACCAAAAAGUGCUUUUAUUUAUUUUUCCUGCUUCUUCCCUGGUGCCGAGUGGCUUAAAUUGUCGCUGUGUAAUGAUGUUACUCAGAUUCUUUCCCAUUCCCCUGCUAGACUUCCGUAUAAAUAAACAACUUAAAAUGGACUAGGCCUAAUCGUAAGCCUCUUAGUCACAGGCACACAUUUGAAUUGUGCUAAUGUGACUCUCAAAGUUUAAAUCUAGAGCACAUAGAACGCAUUUAUAAGAACAAAGCACAGAUGGAGAAGCAUCCUGUUUAGUUCAUUAGUUGCGUAGACUGUACAGUGAGUCCUUUUGUGUACUCCUAUUCAUUGCAUACACUGUGUACAGUACACUCCCUUGUAUCCCAGUUUCCUGCACACUACAGUCUGCUCGAAUUUGGAUUCUGCCCCCAACCCAGUUCACUUUCUGCAAGGAUUCCCCCAGAUUGAGCAAACUUAAGGCUUUACCUACACAAUCCAAGUAAUUCAUUCUUGAUUGAUUGUUUCCUCACCAGGUAUUUCCAAUAUCCUGCUUGCUCACAAGCCGUCCUAUUCCCUAACCAACCUCACAGAUGAUCCAGUUAGAUCUAUGAAUGCUACAAUUAAAGGGUAAAGAGUUCUCCCAGUAUCAUAACCAACAAUCCUCUGCCAAGCACUACUACAGGAAACAAUUUGAGUGAUAAUUAACUUUGUGAUAAUUGCAAGUAAAAUAGCUAUCACUUUGCCUACAUAUCUAAACCAUCCCUUUUAAAAGGAGCAGUUCUGUUGAAAUACGUUGAGACAUUUCUGAUCUAGGCUAAAGUUUAUCCCUCCCUCUAUCCUUCCUAAACAUUACUGGAUAUUUAUACAACUAAAUAUUCCUAAACUGUUAAAGGGCAACAAGGAAUGGACAGUAUUAAAAACUGCAUUUAAAAUGAACUUUAAAAUUAACAUGAGAGGACAUGUAAUUGAGAUAGAUCAAACAAAAUAAUAAUUCCUCUUGCAUACAGCAGAAUCCCAUCAAACACAUUAAAGAUGUGACAUUAAAAAAACUAAAUAUCUGGUUAAGAUACCUUGGCAAAGUGAGGAUUGCAGAUGCUGGAGAUCAGAGUCAUGAAGUGUGGUGCUGGAAAGGCACAGCCGGUCAGGCAGCAUCCGAGGAGCAGGAGAGUCAACAUUUCGAGCA